AAUAAAUUCUCUUAGUAGGAUUCUAUUCAUUUUAAAGAAUGCUCUUUAUUAAUUGAGUUUUCUCAGUCUUGAUUUGAAAGUCGUAACAACAUUUCAAUUCGUAUAAUUUAUAGCUAACGUUAGAGAUUUUCUUUAUACUCGAUUUCUACUCAUCAACUCGAAAAUAAUAGAAACAUUAUGGGCUUCAAAUGGAUGAUGAUGUUGGUGUUGUGUGUGUUAAUAGGAGGAUCAAUGGGAGCUAAGCCCAAUAAGCCAAUUGAUGUCCCAUUUGGAAGAAAUUAUGAGCCUAGUUGGGCUUUUGAUCACAUCAAAUAUUUGAAUGGUGGCUCUGAGAUCCAGCUCUCCCUCGAUAACCGCACCGGUACUGGCUUUCAGUCAAAAGGAUCUUAUCUAUUUGGGCACUUUGCUAUGCACAUAAAGAUGGUUGCUGGUGAUUCUGCAGGCACAGUCACUGCUUUCUACUUGUCUUCUCAAAAUUCAGAACAUGAUGAAAUAGACUUUGAGUUCUUGGGGAAUAAAACAGGAGAACCAUACAUUUUACAAACAAAUGUAUACACGGGAGGGAAAGGUGACAAAGAGCAAAGGAUUUACUUAUGGUUUGAUCCAACAAAAGAUUAUCACACUUACUCUGUCUUGUGGAAUCUUUACCAAAUUGUGUUCUUUGUGGAUGAGUAUCCCAUAAGAGUGUUCAAGAACAACAAGAACUUAGGUAUCAAAUUCCCAUUUGACCAACCAAUGAAGAUAUACUCAAGUCUAUGGGAGGCAGAUGAUUGGGCAACAAGAGGUGGACUUGAAAAAAUUGAUUGGUCAAAUGCACCCUUUGUUGCCUCAUACAAAGGCUUUCACAUUGAUGGUUGUGAAUCUUCUGUGAAUGCCAAGUUUUGUGCCAAUCAAGGCAAAAGUUGGUGGGAUCAAAAGGAAUUUCAAGAUUUGGACACAACUCAAUGGAGACUUUUGAGAAGAGUUAGGGAUAAGUAUACAAUUUAUAACUAUUGUACUGAUAAAAAGAGGUUCUCUACAAUGCCAAAAGAGUGCAAGAGGAAUAGAGAUGUUCCAAGGAAUUCAUGAAACAAAAAUUAACUUCGGAUUUUUUAAAAA